ACGUGGAUGCUUUAUCUAAUCGCCACGCAUUCUUGACUCUGACCCAAAGCUACAAAACGUGUUGGACUCCAGCCUCAGCUAUCUUAAACAAAAGGCAAUUAGUUCCCUCAAGUCAAGUAGUACUGCAAAUCCAGGCACCAUGGACGACAGGACUGAUAGAAAGCAAGCAGAGAUUUCUGGUAUGUCUCGCAUGAAGACGGAAUGCAUAGCCUUCACAGUUUCGUUGCAAGAGGGUUUUCGCUAUGUCAAGGCCUUCUUUGUUGGUCAGGCCAAAAAGUUGACGGCAAGAAAUGAGAAAGAAGCAGCAGAAGCAGACCUAGUAACUGCCAAAAUGCAAGUUGAAGCUACUGAUGCAGCCGAGGAUACCAAAAACAGACUCAACAAAUCAGUGUCAUCAUAGCCAAAAUCCGGUGCAUGAUUGACUAUUAAUAUAGCAAUCAUUGGUUUCUCGAAAGAUUGUGUUCAUCCAUUUGUUCCAAUUGUUUGAUCCGAGUUGGAUGAAUAAACCAUCUUGAAUUUGCUUGAAUUCUUCAUUGAUGAUAUUCGAAGAAUGGCUGAACGAUGAUUCGGUAAAAAUAAUACACCCUAUCAACGAUUAGGGAAAUUCUAGUGUACUUGUGGGUAUCUCAUAUCCACAUUUACAAAACUGACAACAAAUUUGUUGUCAGAGUGGUAAUGUUGAGUCCUAUUUUGUGUAAUCUUAGUUCUAAUAAUAGUAAUUACACCUCUUACGACAUUGUUACAAGCUUUUGAACAAAUUCGUUGUCAAUGUUGUAAUUUUUGUUUAACUAUAUGUAAAUAGUGUAAAUGAAUAUGGUAA